GCGCAGGUGGCUCGUGCGUGACUCAGCUCCUCAGCGCGAGACUAUCUGUUCCCAGUUCACAACUUUCAAAACAUUUGCGCGUGGAGCCGCGGGCCGAGUCCGGUUACAUCAGCUGUAGCUCUUAACCCCCCCUCCUCCAGCCCUCCGGUGGCUCACAGCGGAGACGCCAGCCUCCCACACUCACCCUCUCCGGUAGCAGCUCUCCCGUGGCCGCCUGAGGAGGACAUCGGCCGGACAGAUGGACUCACGUUACCACCGAGACUCCAGCAAAACCAGGACACCAUGCUGCAGCGUAAAGCUGUUCGUCCUUUGCCACGGCCUCCUGCAGCUCUCUCAGCUGCUGUACACCUCCUACUUCAAGAGCACCAUCACUACCAUCGAAAGACGCUAUGGCCUCAGCAGCUACUCAUCUGGAACCAUUUCCUCUCUCAAUGAGGUCAGCAACAUCCUCCUGAUUGUGUUUGUGAGCUACUUUGGAAAUCGGGUUCAUCGUCCUCGUGUCAUUGGAAUCGGCGGACUGCUGAUGGCUGUCAGUGCCAUGAUCCUGACCUUACCUCACUUCCUGUCACAGCCCUAUGACUAUGAUUCAGUCUUUCACAAUCGUCACGACAUUUGCAACCUGCAUGAGAACCGGAGCAGCACAGAGUCUUGUGACAAAACCAAGCAGCUGGAGGACACCAACAACCUGUGGGUGCUCAUGGCCAGUGCUCAGCUGCUCUUCGGUGUGGGCUCAGUCCCAAUCCAGCCCUUUGGGAUUUCCUACAUUGAUGAUUUCGCAGGACCGAGCAACUCCCCUCUAUACAUAGCUAUCCUGUUUGCAGUGUCUGUAAUUGGGCCUUCUAUUGGCUACCUGCUGGGCUCCGUCAUGCUGCGCAUCUAUGUGGAUGUGGACAGAAAUGGUUUGGGAGCAGAACAGGAGCUGCAGCAUGGAGAUCCCCGCUGGGUGGGGGCCUGGUGGAUGGGUUUGCUCAUUGCCACGGGCUGCCUGGUUCUCACCUCCAUCCCUUAUUUCUUCUUCCCUCGUCAAAUGCAUUCAGAGAUAACAGAGAGUGAGACUGACUCUACUGAUGACUUCAAGAAGCCAGAAGUCUGCUUACUUGAUUUACUAAAAAUGUUUCCUAGAAUGUUUAUCCAACUGCUGUUGAACACUCGUUUCCUGCUGCUGAUCCUGGCCCAGUGCUGCUUCUCCUCGGUGGUAGCGGGUCUGGCAACAUUCCUGAAUAAGUUUCUGGAGCGACAGUACGGCGCUUCAGUUGCCUACAGCAGUCUGCUAGUAGGUGCUGUGAAUCUGCCAGCGGUGGCCGUGGGGAUGCUGAUCGGUGGCAUCAUCAUGAAGAGGAUGGGCCUCUCUUUGAAGACCAUUCCACGCUUCUGUGUGGUCAUGCUCACCGUUUCCACUCUCCUCUGCAUACCGCUCUUCUUCAUGGGAUGUCCCACGCAGAGCGUCUCGGAGGUCAAUCACCCAGUCGGACUGCACCAGCCUUUAUCCAAGUGCUACUUGAACUGCUCCUGCCCUGCCGGCGCUUUCAACCCUGUGUGUGGUUCUGACGGUGUGGAGUACGUCUCUCCCUGCCACGCCGGCUGCACCAACUUCACUAAAGACCCCAACAACACUCACCGGGUUCAGCUUUAUACAAACUGCAGGUGUUUGUUAGACGGGCAGAACCACGCCCAUCCAUCCCCUUGUGUGAACAGCUGUCCUCAUUUCCUCCUCCCGGUCAUCCUCGUCCUCUCUUUAGCAUCACUAAUCGCCUGCCUCACUCACAACCCAUUGUAUAUGAUGGUGCUCCGGUCUGUUCCCUUCGAAGAGAAGUCAUUUGCUAUAGGAAUUCAGUUUUUACUCAUGAGAGUUUUAGCCUGGCUCCCUGCUCCAGCCCUCUUCGGCAUGGCCAUUGACACUUCCUGUAUUUGGUGGAAGCACGUUUGUGGAAAGAAGUUUAGCUGUGGUUACUACAACAACAAUCUCUUCAGAAGUCGGUAUUUAGGUUUACAGGUGGGUUAUAAGAUCCUAGGCAUCCUCCUGCUGAUGAUCCUGGUGCGGAAGGAGAGGAAGACCAAGGAGUACGAUCUGGAAAAGAGGCCAGAGGGAUCACUGUGAUCCCAGUGAGACUCUCAUAGCUUUGCUGUGCCGUAUAAAAUGUUUUAUAGGACAGUAUUCCCAAAAAACAUGCAUGGGUGAGGGGAACUCAGUCUCUGCAGGACCAAUUUCCUGCCUGGUACCUCACCUUUUGGAGAGAGGACAUCUACUGAAAAAGAAAAAAAAAUGAACAUUUGUAUACAUCAAGACUUUUGCUGCUUUCACAUAGGAUGCAGCGAAUGGUGAGCUCUCUGUUGGGAUUCUGCUUGAAACUGCUGGCAUAUUUGAUGUUGGAUUUUUCUUCCAGCUGCUUGUGGAAAGUGAGAUGGAUUUCAGAUGAAGGUUCUGGAGUUACGAUUUGUGUCAGUACAAUGAGCGCUCCCAGGGUUGCUUCAAAGUGAGUAGGUCAUUUGACAGCCAGUUGACAUGUUGUCAGGGAGAAUUCUACUAAGACUGGAGGUUAAAUGGAACACCUGCCUCAUUGUUGUUAACCCUCUCAGGCUCCAAAUAAGGUUUGAUAAAAGGACGAACAUCUAAGUCCUUCAGGGGAGUUAAAAAAUGCUCAUGAAAUACGUACGUGGAGUAGGUAGGUAGGUAGGUUUUAACUGUUGCACAUCUGCAACGCCUGCCUCCAGAGGGUUAAAAUAAAAAUGAUCAUCUUGUGUCGAAAUGUGGUAACAUCUUGAAAUUAGCACAAUUUCAGACAGUAAUACAAGUUCUUGCAUGAGCUGUUUGCACUCAGACAAUCAUGUUAUUGUCACUGGGUGCCUGUGAAACUUAGUGGCAGCCAUCUUUAAUUUGGUUGAGUUCAUCUGUUGUAGAAGUACAGCCAUUGAUUUUAGUUCUAUUCAAAUCCAUCGUGUGGUUCAGGAGAUAUUUCAUAUGUCGACCCCAGAUGCACCGACAAAAACGUUACCGCCCACCUUUACACCUUCAGUCAAAAACAUGAAUGUGUUUAUUUAAACGCUACCUUCUAUGUGAAAGCAGCUUCACUUGUGAGCACAAGAUUCAUAACAUAAAUGUGAUAUAGCACAGCAUUUAUCGAGCAUUUAUAAUAACGAGACUGAUGAUUAAACGACACCUAAAUAUCUUUGUACUUCACAGAUUCAUCUUAGGUAAGGAUCGUCUUGUUUGGGUUUCUGUUUGAGUUGUAAACACCUGUGUCUUGUUAACUGUGUAGCUUAAUAUUUAAGUUAUUAUCCUAAAUGAUCGUCUCAUACACUGAGACAUCUUUAACCGCAGCAGUACUUGUUUCAUAUAUGUUACUUUUUUAUUGCAGUGUUCAAAUACCAAACACCCGCACUGUCAUUCAUAUUUUUAAAUAAAGUUAAGUGCACAUUUUACAAA